UAAAAAUAUUCCCAUACCUUCUACGUGACCUAACCAUGGGCCCAACUGGCCUGAGUUUUGUGCCCCAGAUGACGUCAUCUACCCCACCCCCAGUCGGGACCUGGGCAGGAUGAGCGCCAGACCCGAGUCGGACGAUGCCUCGUCUCGCAUGAUGCUCUCCGUGGGCCGAGCCCAGGGCGACGCCGACGACCGGAGGGAUGGCGACAGCAACAGCAGCUUCGGCGGCAAGGGCGGGGAGGACGAGGAGGCCAGCAGCCGCAAGCAGUACCGGCUUUCCCCCAGCACCCCCGAGGCGCCGGCCGCCCCGAGCACCCGCGUUAACAUCAAGCGGCUGCUCAAGCGGAGCAAGUCGACCAAGAACGGCUACCCAGGCAUGUUUUCCCACUCGCUGGAGGUCGAGUACUCGCCCUCGUCCUCGUGCACGUACCCGCCCUCGAUCGAGGCCCGGGGGUUGAACGCCACGGUGGACCGGACCUACAACAAGAUGCUAGAGAGCAAGAUCGUCUCCUCCCGUCUGCACGCCAAGACCUCCGUGCAGGGGAGGAUCUACAACUUCCUGGAGCGACCCACGGGCUGGAAGUGCUUUAUAUAUCAUUUCACAGUAUUUAUGAUGGUGUUAAUCUGCCUUAUCUUCAGUGUCCUCUCAACGAUAGAACAGUACACAGAAUUCGCCAUUGGGACAUUAAUGUAUAUGGAAAUAUUUUUGGUGUGUUUCUUUGGAAUGGAGUACGUCAUCCGUCUCUGGUCAGCUGGCUGUCGCAGCAAGUACAUGGGCUUGAGGGGAAGGCUGCGGUUUGCUAGGAAACCUAUCUCUAUUAUAGAUUUGUUCGUUGUUGUUGCUUCCAUUUGCGUUUUCAGCACGGGUCUGGAGGGCCAGGUGUUCGCUGCCUCUGCCAUAAGGGGCGUCCGUUUCCUGCAGAUCCUGCGCAUGUUACAUGUAGAUAGACAGGGUGGAACAUGGCGACUACUUGGCUCUGUCAUAUACCUGCACAGACAGGAGCUGAUAACAACAUUGUACAUAGGAUUUCUCGGCCUGAUCUUCUCGUCUUACUUUGUUUACCUGGCAGAGAGAGAUAACGGAAGAAAAGACUUCAGUAGCUAUGCAGAUGCUUUGUGGUGGGGAGUGAUUACUGUGAUGACCAUUGGCUAUGGAGACAAGGUGCCACAAACUUGGAUGGGGAAAAUUGUAGCCUCAUGCUUUGCAGUCUUCGCCAUUUCUUUCUUUGCCUUACCUGCUGGUAUCCUAGGCUCAGGAUUUGCUCUAAAAGUGCAGCAGAAACAGAGACAGAAACAUUUUAACAGACAGAUUCCAGCAGCUGCCACACUGAUACAGUGCUUAUGGCGAUGCCAUGCAGCGGAACCACAUUCCAAUUCUGAGGCGACCUGGAGGAUCCACAUUCACGACCCAUCCAACGAGGAGACUGUGUUUGCUAGGAUGGCGAGAAGGGCUAGCCUGUCCCUGCGCAAGCGGAGGAUGUCUCGUCUGGACUCCACCAGUACAGUGCCCAACCACCUGUACAGGGAGUCCAUGUCUUCUUCAAUGUCUUAUGCUGAUGAUAGGCUUGGAUCAAUAACACCUAAACCUCAUAGGAAAGACAGCCAUCGAACAAGUAUAUGCGUGGGGGACAAUGCUAAUGAAGACACUGAUUACGAUCAGGAAGAACCUGAAAAAGUCCAACAACUAACAGAACCACACAAAACAGCCAUAAGAGUCAUCAGGAAAAUUAAAUAUUUUGUUUCCAGGAGAAAAUUCCAACAAGCCAGAAAACCUUAUGAUGUCAGGGAUGUUAUAGAGCAAUACUCUCAAGGUCAUCUAAAUAUGAUGGUCAGAAUUAAAGAGUUGCAGAGGAGACUUGAUCAAACACUGGGCAAGCCUGGAAGUCUUUAUUCAAGCACGGCAAGAGACAGGGAAAAAAUGACAAUUGGUGCACGGAUGGUUCGUGUGGAGACACAAGUGAAUCAUAUGGACAAAAAGAUGGACCAAGUCAUUUUUCUCUUAAACACACUGGUCAAAUCCAAAGAAUUAAAUGAAGAGUCAAAGGAAGUUGAAGUAUAAAAGUAAACAUAGGCCCAAGGUCAGAAUUUGCAUAAGGUGGAAGAUAUAAAAUUCUUCAAAGGCAAUCCUUGAUGCUUUAACAUGUGGCAUAAAACAAGCUUUUUAACCUUGGCUAUGAAACAAGCUUUUUAACUGGUCAACCUUGGUUGUGAAACAAGCUUUUUAACUGGUCCAACUUGGUAUGAAAGAACCUAGUUAACCAAUCAACCUUGGUUAUGAAACAUGCUUUUCAACCAAUCAACCUUGGUUAUGAAAAAGGCUUUUUAACUUGUCAAACUUGGUCAAAGUUGUCUAUGGAACAAGUUCUUUAACCAGCCAACUGUGGCUAUAAAACAAGAUUUUUAACCAGUCAACCUUAACUAUAAAACAAGUUUUUUAACCGGUCAACCUUGGCUAUGAAACAAGGUUGUUAACUUUUCAAUAAUGGUUGACCUUGGCUAUGACACAAGUUUUUUAAAAGAUCAAACUUGUCUAGGAACAAGAUUUUUAACUGGUCAAACUAGGCUACCAAACAAGUUUUUUAACUGGUCAAACUUGGCUACCAAACAAGUUUUUUAAAAGAUCAAACUUGUCUAGGAACAAGUUUUUUAACUGGUCAAACUUGGCUACCAAACAAGUUUUUUAAAAGAUCAAACUUGUCUAGGAACAAGUUUUUUAACUGGUCAAACUAGGCUACCAAACAAGUUUUUUAAAAGAUCAAACUUGUCUAGGAACAAGUUUUUUAACUGGUCAAACUAGGCUACCAAACAAGUUUUUUAACUGGUCAAACUUGGCUACCAAACAAGUUUUUUAAAAGAUCAAACUUGGCUAUGAAACAAAAUGUUUUUAUUGGUUAAACAUGGUUAUCCAACAACCUUUGUAAAUGAUCAACUAAAGCCAUAAAAAAAAUGUUUUAUAAACAAUCAAAUGUGUCUAUGAAACUGACUAUUUAAUGUUGACACUUGGCUAUGAAUUUUACUUUUUAAAUGGUCAAACAUGGCUGUGUAACUUUCUAGCCUGUCCAAAAAUAGGACAAAGAUAAUUUUCCUGAUGAGACUGAACCAAUCAUAUCUGGAGAAAUUUUCGAAAACCAAAAUAUAAUUAUGGUUAAUAGCUAUUAGUUCAAAGCAUUUUUACUUCAAUUCAGCAAGCACAUUCACCUUUGGUAGCUACUUAAGUAUAAGACAAAUAGUUUAAGUCAUUAUAUUUAAAGCACUAAAAACAGUUUUGGACUUGGAUUUUUUUCGCCUGGUUCAUCUGCACCUACAUUUUAACCCUCAGCAUGUUAAAGAGUGCCUCACAAGAUGUUGUAUCAAGUGAUGAGUAAUUUUAAUUGUUGUGACCAAAAAAAAACACUUUUAGUGCUUAAGGUAUCCCAAUUGUUUUUCAGUCAAAUUCUGUUGAGUAUGCUGAAUCUCUUUUUGCUAAUUUAAACCUAUGUUGAUGCUGUGUUCUGCCAACUUAAUUUAAGUCAGUGUGUAUAAUUUGUGAAGUAACGAUAACUUACACAUUUCAAUAUUUUGUGUUGUCCCCGUUAAUUUAAUUUUGUACUGUGAUGGUAUUUUAAUCUGUUAUUUUCAGAUUUGUCACUCUUUUGUACUGUGAAGGUAACUUAUUUUGUGCUGUCUUACUAAUUUAAUUUAAAAUCAAUUUGUUUCCUUUGUACUGUAAUGGUAAUUUUAAUCUGUCAAUAUUUUUGCACUGUAAUGCUAAUUUAAAUAUGUGUCCAUACUUUGUACUAUCAUGGUUUACCAGAAGCAUUGGAUUUCUAUUUUAUUUAUGAAAGAAAAAUACAUUGUACAUACACUAUAAUAUGUAAAUAUGAGUUUUAAAAUAUUUUAUUCCCAUUUUUUAGAUUAAUACAUAUGUAAGAUUUUUAUUUAUUAAUGAAACGAUUAUCUUGUACUACUGUACAUUAUUUCAAACCAACAGUUAUGUUUGUUGCAUUUUUUAAUUAGCCAUCGUAUUUCAUAAAAAUUGUGUGACCAUUUUGGAUAUUAACGAUACACUUUCUUAAGUGGUUCCUAAAUAUAAAAAGUAUUUCUUGAUGUCAGUCACUGUUUCUACCUCCCUUACCAACCUGCACCUUAUGAUACACUGCCUAUUCCAGGAGAGAACGAAAGCCUUUCAGUCACUGGGUGAAUAGUUUCUCAAACCACUUAUCAUCCUUAGACUGCACCUUCAGAAAUGUUUUUCUCUCAUUCAUUAAGUGUAUUAACAUAAUAAACCAGUAGGUUAUUUUUUAUGUGACAUUUACUUAUAAAAUAUUUUUUACAAUCUUAGAAGCUCACCCAAGUAACUAUGGUACAAUCUAAAAACUUCUGAAAUUUUUAUUUUAUUUUGAAGUUAAUGCCAUAUAUUAUUUUAUAGUUUUUAGGGAAAUCACAUUAUUUUUAAACAGAUUCGUGAAUAAAAUCAACAUGCUGUUCACUAUUUUAGUUUAGGUUUCAUUAGUGUUGAAGAAGUAACUUAACUUCAAAAUUAGUUUUGUCCAAGAAAACAAGUAAAUGUUAACAAGCAGUCACCUAAGGACACUGCAGGAUAAAAUUACUACAUAGCCAAAAGUUUAAAAAUAUUACUGCAGCUAGAUUUUGAAUUUUCAUUCCAGGAUGAAGUAAGUCAUGAAGCUAAGUUAUAACUUAGCUGCCAAUAAACAUUCCUACAACUAAUUAAUCAUUAAACACUAACCCACACAUAUACUUCAUUGUUUCUGUAAUUUAAAUUAUCAAGCACCAACUUAAAUAUAUUUCUACAUUUACUGUUAAUAUUAUAGAAUAUUGUUUUGUAAUUUGGCAUAGUGUUAAAUUUUAAAAUAUUCUGGGAAUUAUACACUCCAGCACUGCAGAGAUUUUAGACAUGUUGUUCACCUUUUUGGAUGAGCUGCGAAUCCCUGUGAAAGAAGUCUAAAAGUUUCAAGUCCUGACAUUCAAACUUACAUAAAAUGAGUCAUGUCUUCCUUUAAACAUUUACCUUCUCAAUACAAGAUAUACAAUCUACUUAAACUGAUUCCCAGAUUCCUAUUUAAUAAACUGCAGUUUAAAAUUGGUUCGCAUUUAUUUAUUUUUUACUUUGAGUUUUUUUUGUUAAUCACUGCCACUAUAAAAUUUGGUUAAAUAAAUCUAGUUAGUGUUCAACUCUUCUUUUUUUUUUAAUUAAUGUAGAAAUUUUUAUCUUUUAUCUAAAAAUGUAUUCUAAGUUCUUGUUUUUAAUUAAAUUUAUGCUGCAUGUUUGGGAAUGUAU